AUGGCGGCACAACGAGCAUCGACAACACUCAUAAAAAGCAACGAACUUAUUUUUAAAGUCCUUUUAAUUGGAGACUACGGAACGGGAAAGACUUCACUGUUAUGCCGAUAUACAGAUGAUGCGUUUAACCCCGUUUAUGUCCCAACGAUCGGAGUCGAUUUCAAGUUUAAGACGAUAGAAAUAGAUAAAAAGCAAAUAAAGCUCCAAAUGUGGGACACAGCAGGGUCGGAAAGAUUUAAAGCAAUUGUAACCACGUAUUUCAAAGGGAGUCACGGGUGCUUUCUCGUUUAUGACAUCACAAACGUCGAUAGUUUUAAAAACAUAGUGAAUUGGUUUGAACUCAUCAAAAAAGAGAGCCCUGAUUGUCGUGUGAUGCUCAUAGGCUCUAAGAGCGACUUAUCGAUGGCAAGACAAAUUCAGCAAGAAUCAGCAGAAAAUUUUGCACGAGAGAAUGACAUGUUAUAUUUGGAGUCUUCAGCAAAGGAGGGUACAAAUGUUGACAAAAUGUUUACAAAACUCGCUGAGAUUAUGCUCAACUUUUUUAAAAUUAUAGAACCACCUCAAGAAGAAAAAGACGAACGUGUGAGCAUGGUAAAAGCCGAAGUUGUACAAAAAAAGUCGUGCUGUUAA